AUGGAACUUGCACGUAGGCAUCUUGAUCUUGUUGGCGUCGUCAGCUUCAAGUACUCGCUGGAAGAGCACUAUCAACGCUGGGGGAGAGUCAAAGGGGUAGGUGUUCACGCCCAGGCGCUGGCCAGCCAAGAUGGUGAGGUCCCUACACAAGCGCAACGUGGAAAUCCCGGUGCAAUACACGAGCUUGUGGAAUGCCCCUUGCAUCUCGAUCUGGAACAGGCUGUCCACGUCUCCCAGCCUGCCACCCGUGCUCACGCCCAACGCACGGAGGAAGGGAUCCACUCGGGCCGCCCAGACGCCACCGUCGUUGCACGAAGUGUUCACGAACUGGAUGUUGAGGUCGGUGGAGGUGAGGACGGGAAGCCAAGCCUCGUCCGAGGCUUGGGCCAGGUGGAAGGUCACAGGGAGGCCCGGCCCGGAGUUGGCCAGGACGACGUUGAGAGGGCAGGUGUCGAGGUUGUCGGGGUCUGCGGUGAGGUCCCCUUCGCGGACGCCCCAGGUGGCCGACCUGAUGCGGUAUUGGACGCCGGUUUGCAGCGGUUGAUUGUUCAUGUCGAGGAUCGGGAUUUGAGCGGCGGCGCACGAGAAGAGGAGGAGGAGGAGGAGACAGGGGAGGGAGAUGAGAUAUUGAGGAGUGUUCAACAUCUUCUUCAUUAUUUUUGUUGUGAUUUGUAUGAUAAGAGAGAGAUGUAUCGGUAUGCGGCUAUUGGGCGAGAGAGGUUGUCUGCAUUUAUAAGCCAACAUUAA